GUGAGGUGCGAGACCGGUCCUGGACGUGGGCAGGACAAGGGGGCCGAGGCUUUAGGAGUCGGGGGAGGUGGGAGGAGCGCUAAAGGGUCGCGUUUAUUUCCGAGGUGCGUCGACCCCGUUAUGUGAAACGGGGUCAGUUUCGCUCGCUCCGCGCCGACGUGUUCACGUGCCGCGGUUUAGCUAGCAUCCGUUUCCGGGCUCGCUCGCUCGCUCGCUCGUGCCCCCCGCUCGCGGAAAGCGCGGGCCCGUCGCCUCUUCCGUCUGUGCGCUACAUGCCGUGGACGCCAUGUCCAAAAUCGAGCGUCUGAGCGCCCGGGUGGCCAAGCUGCUGUCGGCGGCGGUACACGAGGUGCUGGAGGCGGUGAAGGAGACGGUGUCGGAGUACCAGGAGAAAACCGCCCGGACCCAGAGGGAAAACGAGAGCCUGAAGAGGAGGCUGCUGGAGCUCCAGGGCAGGGUAACCGCCGCCGGCCAAGAUGACAAGCCUGCUCCUCCUGCUGCUUCUUUGGCUAAAAUCACUAAAGAUGAGCCAAGUCCAGAAGCAGAACGUGGACACGACAGCGAGAGUAAGGCAACAUCCCACCAGACUCUGAAAGCUGAACAGAGGAUGAAGGAAUGUAGUUCAGAAGAGCUGGACUGCUUAGAGACAGUUGAGUCCCGCAUCAGUCGGGGGACGGAAGUUCCUACAGAGUUUCCUGACAGGCUGGCAAACCCGCCCAGUUCUGCCUUGGCUGUCUGCAUGACCCAUUCGCUCGCUGACACAGACAAGCACAACUCUUUGGAGGAAUCGAAAUCGAUCGUAUCACCUGCAGUCAGCCCGAGAACCCCCCCACAGCCAUCGGUGAAGACCGAGCCUGAGCAGAUGGAGUUUUCCCCCUCAGAUGAGCGUGUGAUUCACAGUGACUUAUUCCCCUGCGGAGAGAUGGAGAGCCGGUUAGCACCGCAUGACAGCGGCCCAGAGUCCAUGCCGGACCAGGCAGACAUACCUGGGUUGGUACAUUACAUCAAUGCAGACGGUCUCAGCAGCUUCGUGGACUCCUUUCCGUUCGAGUGUCACCCAGAGCUGGUUCCAAGCAUGGCCAGGUUUGGUUCUGCCAGCAGCAGGCAGGGAGAGAGCCACAGCUGCAUCAUGUGCGGGAAGACUUUCAACCGGAUUGGGAAUCUGCGGAUCCACCAGCGCUGUCACACGGGAGAGAGGCCCUACUGCUGCCUUCACUGUGGCAAAUGCUUCAGCCACGCUGGUAACCUGCAGAAACACACCAGGGUCCACACUGGAGAGAGACCUUACGCCUGCUUGCAGUGUGGCAAAACAUUCAGCCAGUCCAGUCAUCUCAAGAAACAUCAGAAAAUCCACCUGGAAAGACGUGAUGGGGAGAGUUUCGGGAUGUCUAAAAUUGAGCGUCUGAACGCCCGGGUGGCCAAGCUGCUGUCUGCGGCGGUGCAUGAGGUGCUGGAGGUGGUGAAGGAGACGGUGUCGGAGUACCAGGAGAAAACCGCCCGGACCCAGAGGGAAAACGAGAGCCUGAAGAGGAGGCUGCAGGAGCUCCAGGACAAGAUAAGGAGAGAGAGCACGUCCCCCCUGUCAGCAGCUGUUCUGACACCCACAGAAAAUGCAGAAGAAAAGAACGGUGAGCCAGAGCAAGAUACAAGUCUCCCUCUGGGGCAAAACUCUCAACUCCCCACUAGAGAACCCACACUGACAGGCAGCCACCAUCUCGGACUCGACAUAAAGCAGGAAUCCAGUGAACAUGAGGCCGGCGAUGCAGCCAAGUGCGGCUUGGCACAAACAUUAACAGAGUGUGGCCAAGUGCAACUGGAGGAGAUCCUGACCAACACUGAAGAGGAGGAUGUGAUGGCUGGUGAUUCAUCACCCAGCGUAAAAACUGACAUCAACACAGACACGCCCAACGAUGCUGAAGCCUCUCAGUCUGACCCAUCGCUCCACGUGAACAUGGCUGUCAUCAAACGUGAGCCAGAACUGACGGACAGCACAGCACCCGAACUCCCAGUGGUCCAGGAAGUUUACAACGACUGUGUGGAUUUAAGUUCCAACUCUUCUCGUCACAUGGCUGAGAGUCAGCGGUCGAGGGUCAGUGUUGGACCCCACGGACGCUUCUUCCUCCAUCCGAACCACAACAUGGCACCCAUCAGGAAGUAUGGGUUUGCCAAAACCAGCAGGACUGUCUUUGAUGGUAAGAGAACACGGUGGGAGCAGGUGAGGAGGGACGAAGCGCAUAUGUGUUUUGUUUGCGGGAAGACGUUUAGCAGGGUGGGGAACCUGCGCGUCCAUCAGCGCUGUCACACAGGAGAGAAACCAUAUGGCUGCCUGCAGUGCGGGAGGUGUUUCAGCCAGGCAGGAGACCUUAAGAAGCAUAAGAGGGUACACACUGGGGAGAAACCAUAUUACUGCAGCCACUGUGGGAAGAGCUUCAGCCGCGGGGAGAACCUCAAACGGCACCAGAAGAUCCACGUUGGCGAGGCAAUGCAGCUGCAACAGGCAGGGAGCGGUGGGAAAGAGUUACCUGUUAUAAGCAGCAUGUAUCAGUGACGUCAUUACACCAGAGAUGUGAAAGGAUGACUCGUGUUGCCGAGAGACGUCUGAAUUAUGAGCCAUUUUAGUCUAGUCUGACAAUUAAGCCUCCUGGAAUGAACUGUGAACUGUUACAGGGAGGAACCUGCUGUGCAUACCUUGCAGACGUGUAGAUAUACCUCUGAAAAGCAUUACGAUAGAUAAAGACUAUUAAUGAAUUUUCAUGCUUUAUUGACAACCUCCCCCCCCCACAAGAUGGUUAGAGGUCAGGGUAGAUUAGAUAUACAGGGCCUUGCUCGAGGACACUACAGCAGGGUGGCCCAGUGAGACAGAGGGUUGAGAGUUGAAUCCAGGAUUUAUCUCUGUGCUGCAGACUGUGAAUGCGAUGAUGUCAUUAGCCCUGCUCGCACAGGACUGGUAUUACCCGGGGACCUCUAGUAAUCUGUAAUAAUCGAGGAGGUCGUCUGUGAUCUUAAUCCCGUGCUGUGUCCGUAAUUUGUACAGUACAAAUUCCAGCGCAAAUUGCCAACCAUAAUCCGGCGAACACAGAGGUCGUCUGAUAAUAUUAGUCCCAUGUGAAUCGGCAUUUCGGUAAUUUGGGGGUCUUUUUUUUUUCCAGCAAGGUUUUUUUUUUUUUUUCUCCAGACCGUUUUCUGCCUCUUUCCCGGUCGGGAAUAUGGAGGCUGCAGUGGAAGUUAUAACUCAGCUGACAGCAUUUUGGGUGUAAAUUCGGGGGGUUCGUGUCGUUACACAGAACGGAGACCCGUUGGCAGCAAGAGCCAGAUCAGAUCCAUCAGCAGAGAGAAACUACACAAGACAUUUAAGACGUCGUUGCAGGGGAAACUAGUGUAGCGGGAGCGGAUGUUAUGCAGAGCCUUGAUGUUUUAAUCAUAUGGGGGGGGGUCAGUAAAUUAGAGUAAAACAAACUUGGCUUAUCUUGUGCAACUGUGCCGCACAAAACGCAGACGCGGGGGCUAGUUUCUAAAUCACAUGAGGUUCCCAGGUGGUACUAGUCUGGUGUGAAUAGGGGGCUAUUGUCCGGCAACCUUUGACCUUUAUAAGGUCAAAACUCACCAGGGUCACAUGCGGACUUGAAUCCCUCCAUUACAGCAGUUCACAUCUGUAAGGCGACGAGUCCACGACCUCUGGUUCCAGCAGUGACCUUCAAGCCGUACUUUAAAUUAACAGCAGUUUUUACAGCUUGGUAACAACUAGCGUUACGCGUUUUAGGUGAUGAAAGUCCAUUUUGUGGAGAGAAGUGCAAAAUUAGUGAUAUGCUCAGAUGACCAGAGAAUAGUAUUUAUUAAUAUUUGUAAUUUGAAAUGUAUACAAUAAUUUCUACUCCAAUGAAAAUGUACUUGAAAUAAAUUCUACUUAUUAAAGUUGUCUGGUUUG